AUGAUCAGUGGAGCCGUGCAACCUUCUCUUAUGUGCAUGCCUGUCUUGCUGCUGGCAUCAUCAUUAACUUCUAGUCCUUCCCAUAUUGUUCAUGCCAACACUCCUAGCAUGAUCUCAGUUUCUGAAGACAGGAAAUUUUUGCUGGCUCAUUUGCUGACAAAGAAUGCAACACAGGCUUCAUCAGUCAGAACCAUUAAAGCUGAUAUUCAAGGCAAUGCGCCAAUGGUGAGUCUCAGCUACAGUUCAUAUUGCAGUCAGUUGAGCAGCACAGGCAGGCAUAUCCGGAGAGCAAAAAACAAAAACAAACAUUGUUGGAACGGUGGCCAGAUUUAUGAUGAACGGGUAGUUGAAGUUGAGGCAUGGGCCUUCGCGUUUAAGAGGCUCCCUCAAAGGAGUUGA